CUCCCCCCUUCCUCACAGCGUUGGUCGCCUUCCAUCCAUCCUCCUCUCCUCUUCCUCUCCUCUCCUCUCCUUUCCUCUCCUCCGGUACCAUAACAGAUGGUGGGAUCAACAUUGCAUCCAGCGGGUACCACAACAAUAGCGCGCAGCCUCCAGUCCAGACAGCACUGGCCUUCCUGCACCGCGAUGCUCCCAGUGCGGGACUGUGUGCGGCAGUGAGUGCCGUCGUGAUUUAUUUCACGCGGUACCGCCACCAUCGCCACCAUCACGGCCACGGAGGAAGCUUCUUGCGACUGUUCGGGCUCUCCAUCGUGCGGGGAAGAUGGCCGCUAUGAAAAUAUUAACCAGCGCAGGGCUCUUCUUGGCGCUGUGCGCGCUCGGUUUGCUCACCAUGGCGAUUUGCACCGACUACUGGUACGAGACCGACGCCAGGCGACACCGGGAGAGGUGUAAAAACUAUGCCAACAAGCGGAACGACCCGGGCUACAUCUACAUUUCCAACCACAACCUCCCCCUCCAGAUGCCUCCUCUCAAGCGCCUGGAGAGCACAGGUAACGGCCCAGAGGCUGCUCCUCUCAUCCGGGGGAAGCGGCACUUUGUGGCCGCGGCGUCUGCCAUGGAGUCUCACUGCAGUCGGCAGUUUAACUCCACCAUCUCCGGCCUGUGGAGGAAAUGUCACCGGGAGGGAUUCGACCUGGAGACCGAGGACCUUAUUUACAAAGGAAUCAUUCAAAGGUGCACCCCGGUCAAAUAUCACUACUCUUCAUCCAUCCUACCACGGAAUUUACCCGUCAACAUCACCAAGACCAUACGACAGGAUGAGUGGCAUGCACUGCAUCUAAGAAGGAUGACGGCCGGCUUCGUGGGCAUGGCUGUCUCCAUCAUCCUCUUUGGGUGGAUCAUCGGAGUGCUGGGCUGCUGCCAGCAGCAUGACCUCAUGCAAUAUGUAGCUGGGCUACUCUUUCUCAUGGGAGGAACAUGCUGCAUCAUCUCCCUGUGCACGUGUGUAGCUGGAAUCAACUUCGAGCUGUCCCGCUACCCCCGCUACAUGUACGGCCUCCCCGAGGACAUUAGCCAUGGCUAUGGCUGGUCCAUGUUUUGUGCCUGGGGGGGCCUCGGGCUCACACUGCUGGCUGGCUUCCUGUGCACCCUGGCCCCGUCCCUGAGCACGCCCACCCGCACGACGUCCCACAAACCGAGGCAGGAGAACGGCACCGUGUGACAGGACUGAGGCGAUGUGAAGCACCGAACACAGGAAACACACACACACACACACACACACCCACACAAACACACACGCCCCUUCCAACGUCGACGUGCAACUCUGAGACGGUUCACCCUCUCACGCCGCCCUCAACAUCGCCCGUCCCUCUUCAGUGUUUUCAGUGUGCCUGCGUCGUGACCGAAGGAGCGGAGGGAUGACGAACUUCAUGCACCCACAGUCUCGAUUAAAAAAAAAAGAUAAAAAAAUCCCGAGAGGAAGUUCCAAGAACAAUAAGAGCGACACCUGCGUGACAUGUGACUGAGGCGUGGCUCUCACAGCACAAAUAAGACUUUUGGGUUUUUGUUCUUUGGGUUCUAAUUUUUAACAUGUUGACUUUUUGGCGAUUGAUAGGUGACUGUUUACGCUAAAGAAAAAAAAAAAAAACGUCUUAAAAUGGUGCUCACUUUACUGCACACACACACACACACACACACACCAGCUCACUUACGCCUGGUGAAUGAUGUGUGAACUCCUCCGAAGCAGAACCGCCAGACUUCCUGUUAGCAUUCCUCUUUCUGUUGCGUGAUGUGUGCAGUGUUAUAUGUGUAUAUAUAUACAUAUAUAUAUAU